CGGGCCCUCCCGGAGGCGGCAGCAGCGGCUGCAGAGCUAGCCGCCACCUCCAUCGAAGCCGCAACCCGGGCUCAGCCUGCCUCCAGCCCCGCAGCUGCUGCAGUCAUGGCUGCGGAUGGGGUGGACGAACGCUCGCCUCUGCUGUCAGCAUCCCAUUCGGGAAAUGUCACUCCCACCGCCCCGCCGUACUUGCAAGAAAGCAGCCCCAGAGCGGAACUUCCACCUCCAUACACCGCUAUUGCCAGCCCGGAUGCCAGUGGUAUUCCUGUAAUCAACUGCCGCGUGUGCCAAUCGCUAAUCAAUUUGGAUGGCAAACUUCACCAGCAUGUGGUUAAGUGUACGGUUUGCAAUGAAGCUACGCCAAUCAAAAACCCCCCGACAGGGAAGAAAUAUGUUAGAUGCCCUUGUAAUUGUCUCCUCAUUUGUAAGGACACAUCUCGGCGAAUAGGAUGUCCGAGACCCAACUGUAGACGCAUAAUUAAUCUUGGCCCAGUAAUGCUUAUUUCUGAAGAGCAACCAGCUCAGCCUGCAUUGCCAAUCCAACCAGAAGGAACAAGGGUGGUGUGUGGACACUGUGGAAACACAUUCCUGUGGAUGGAACUGAGGUUCAACACUCUGGCAAAAUGCCCACACUGCAAAAAAAUCUCCUCUGUGGGUAGUGCACUUCCAAGAAGACGCUGCUGUGCAUAUAUUACCAUUGGAAUGAUAUGUAUUUUCAUUGGAGUUGGAUUAACUGUUGGCACUCAAGACUUUGCAAGACGAUUUCAUGCAACCUAUGUUUCUUGGGCAAUUGCUUAUCUUCUAGGUCUGAUUUGCCUUAUCCGAGCUUGUUAUUGGGGAGCCAUAAGAGUCAGUUAUCCAGAACACAGUUUUGCAUAAGCUUGCUUAGGAUUCAAUGAUGCGGGUGAGAGGGUCUAGCAGUUCUUGAUAAGCUAUUCUGGACAUCUUUAAAUCGUUUAUCUUAACAGAUUCCGUUCUAGUUUAUGUGUAAUAGUUUCAAGACUUUGGGAGUCUUUUAUGAAUAAAUAAAUGCUCAUUGCACUGCAUUUUAUGCAAAUAGUUUGUUUUGCUGCUAGGUUUUCAAAUUCAGAAUAACAAAGCUGUGUUUUAUGUUCUUUUAAAUCAAUUAAAGAUAUUUUUGGAUGUCACCAAAUAUAACAUAAUAUCACUCUAUCUUAUGUUCAAAUCUGUUAUUCCAUUAAUUGCUGAUCUGUAUUUCCAAGAAGUGUUUAUAAAUGUUUUUACAAUUGUUUCACAUUUAUACUUACAUUUUCAUUAAACAGUAUCAAAAUCGCUUGCUUUAAAAUCAAAGCAAUAUGCAUUUUUGCUUGAACUGCUUACAGUAAUUUUAACCUAAGAUUAUAGUGACCUUAUUCAGGAAAAACAUUUGAGUGUACUUUCAAAAACUUCACAUUGUUGUCAGAGAAACAUUUCUAGAUAACCGUAUGUUGUUUUUUGUUGUUUGUAGAAAGAUAUAAUAUUUUGGUAGUAAUUUAAAAUACAAGAAUGAAAAUAUUUAUUUGUUCACAGUUGGAAAUGUUGGAUAAAUGUCUUUUCUCAAAGAUCACGGGAUUUUUUCCCUUUUUAUUUACCAAUUAUAAAAAUCUGGUCUGCAUUUAUGGAAUUUAAUGUUAACGCACUAUAUGUAUUCCUUUAUAGAGACUGGAGGAAGUAUUUCACAUGACAUUUUAUAAUACUUAAUCAUUUAAUCAAAAAUAUUUACAUUAGUUUGUGCUCCUUUCCAUUAGAUCAUGGUGAAUUUUUCUGGUUGGGAUAAUUAUGUACCACUUAUAUAUGAAAGAAGCCUAUGACAUUUUUCACUAGCUAAAAUGUUAAGAUUAGAGGUACUCUUACCAUUUUUCUCAAAUAUAACUGGAUAAUUACCCAAUUAAUUUAAGAAAAUAGAUCAGAGAUAAAGAGCAACAUAGUUUUCUAAAAAUUCACUAGGACUUAUGGAAUCAGCUCUUGCACUGCCCAUCUUUGCAGUUUUGAAAAAGAAAUUACUUAAUUGAGAAUAUUCAAAGUCUUUCAUGUGAUAGAAUUAGCUAAUGAGAUGAUCUGAGUAAAUUAAUUGGUGAUUCCAGGGAUAAGACUAAUAUUUUAAAUUAUUUAUGUUUCUAAUUAGUAUAAAAAUGUACUCACCAGAGAGUUUGGAGCAAAAUACAUGUAAACUUCAAAGAGUAAAUGAUAAAUGUAUAAAUGCAGUAGCUCAGGAUUAUAUGUACCUUUGAAACUACACUAAUAAAAAUUAUUGUUCAAAAA